AGACUGAGAGAAAGAGAAAGAGAGGGAGAGAGAUAGGUUUCUUUCUUCAUUUCACAAAGAAUCAAAGAUUUCCUUCUCUGAUCACAUCAUAAUCACACAGAGAGAUAGGAUAGAACAACACAGAAUAAAGAGAAGAAAAAGAAAAAAUGGCGCAGGCACAAGCACAGACAUUGGAGGAGAAGAGCAAUAUCCAAGAAACUACUGCGCCCAGUUCCACCUUCAAGUUGAAUGCUCAAGCACCUGAAUUUGUGCCCAGAUCACAUACCCAGAUGCCGAUUUCGGGUUAUUUCUAUCCCUUCUUUCAUAUUCUUGGUGGCGCCGGUGCUUCUGAUUGGUUCCCUGGUGGCGAUCAAGAUCCUUCCUCCCGUUUGAUCUCCACUACCAAUGUGGCACUUCCUAACUGCUCGAAGAAUGUCCUCACUAAUGAUCUUCAGCAGAAAAUCGUCAAACAGGCGGAGUACCAGUUCAGUGACAUGAGUUUGCUGGCAAAUGAAUCUUUCCUGAAACAGAUGAACAAAGAUCCUGAAGGUUAUGUUCCUAUAUCCCUUAUUGCUUCCACAAAAAAGGUGAAGUCCCUCACCAGAAACAUUCACCUGCUUACCCAAGCACUGCGUUCAUCUUCAAAACUUGUUUUAAGUGCUGAUGGGAAGAAGGUCAAACGAAAACAACCGUUCACUGAUAAGGAGAAAGAGGAAUUGCAGUCUCGCACUGUUGUGGUAGAGAAUUUACCUGAAGAUCAUUCCCACGAAAAUCUUAUGAAAAUAUUUAGUGUCGUUGGAAGUGUGAAAACAAUCAGAAUCUGCCAUCCUCAGGAAUCUAGUUCUCCCAGACUAAAGGGUGAUCUCCUCAUUAGUAACAAGCUGCAUGCACUUGUGGAGUAUGAGACAUCAUAUGUAGCUGAGAAAGCGGUUGAGAAGCUAAAAGAUGAUAGGAAUUGGAGAAAUGGGAUGCGAGUUAGGUUGCUGCUUAGGUGCUCGCCAAGAUCUGUUUUGAAGAGUAAGAAGACGGAAUUCGAUGGCUUUCUUGAGGAAAAUGAGAUGCUAAAUUCUGAACCUGCUGAGGAUUCUUCUCAUUCAUACAACACUGACCAUUUGAUGGUUCAGACAAAUGCGGAAGAAAAUGGAGUGGGGUCAAAGAAAGGAUGGGGAAGAGGACGUGGCAAGGGAAGAGGGCGUGGACUGCUUGCUCUGCCAUGUCAGCCAAGUAGCAGCCCUGCUGUUGUUGUGAGUGAAGGAGGUUCUGCAAGACCCAACACCAAGGGCCCCAGAAUGCCCGACGGCACCAGAGGCUUCACCAUGGGAAGGGGCAAGCCUAUUACUUCUUCUUCAUCUUCUUCUGCUCUACCUAGGUCACCUCAAGAGUAAUAAUGGCCCGUGAUCUCAUCCUCAAAUUUUGUUCUCUGAUCUCUGCUUCUGCUUCCGUGAAAUAGUUUUAUUUUUCCCUCCACUCUUAGUGCUCCUUUCUUUUUUGUUUUGUGUAACAUUUGCUUUUACUCAUUGUAAACACUUUAUUGUAGCAGUGGAUAACAGUUUUUCGACGUUCCCUUCUAAUGCUAAA